UCCUCGAGGAGCCGCAGGUUUCCUUACUACCGUCACCCUCCUUCCCCUACUCCCACAGCCUCACUAAUAUAACCUAACCCCAUGUCCCUAUCCACUCUCCCUCGGUCCUCUACCAACUAGGGCUUCUCUACUCUCCUUCUCGGAGAUUUAACGCUGCUCUAUUUGCUCUGCAACUCCUCAUAUUUCACGAUCCAUACCCAUUAUUCUUCGUUCAAAUUUUCGAUCCCGUGUCUCCCAUUCCUUUAUAAAACCACAAAUUCUUGCAUUUAUUAUGAGGCGAGCAAGAAAAUCGUCCAGCAGGGUUUCAUGGGCUACCGGAGGGAAUCUCUGUCAGGUAAAAUUGUUUGUAUCUGAGGGUUGCCCUUCAAAAGUUGGCCAGAAAUCUCAAGAUCAACUUCAAGCAAAGGUGUCAUCAAUGCUAAAUUCAAGUACUAUUGAAUUUAAUAAUUUACCCCCUGGGUUUGAAUGCAAUCCACUUCCAAACCAAUCAAAGUAUGAACUCUCUUGCAUUCCUCAGAUUAAUUGGAGAUGCCCUCCUCCGUUUGUUAUCAGUCGUAAUUGGCAUGUUGUGGCUGGUGAAGAAAGUAUGGAGAAAGAAGAUAAAAAACUUAGAGAGCUCAGGGUGCUUGAAGCAGUUUAUCCUCGUCUCUCUGCCAUUCCUCCGAGCCCUUUUGUUGCUUUGGAUGUAGAAGAGGAAGAUUACGAUGAUAAACUCACUCCUCCGGUCCCCAUCAUUCCCAUUGAGGAAGGGCAGUCUGUGGAUGAUAAACCCGAAUUGGCAGCAUGCAGAGACGCUUCUGCCACUGUACAGUCACAAAACUUGCACCACUAUAUGUCAGUUAUCACGGAACCAAUUCAAUGUAAUACCUCUUCUCUUGCCUUAACCGUCUGCGGAAAUCCCACACCUGGUUUGGAAGUAGAUUUAGUUGCUGCCUCUGCUGUUGUGAAUGCCAUUAUGAAGAGUAGUGGGCAAGGAAGCUUGAUUGAUAUGGAUCUACUCGUUAAAAUAUUUAAUGACCCGUUAAUGAUUGAGAAAUUAGCUAAUGAUCAUAGAACUGCUGCCACAACUGCAAGUGCAUCCUCUAAUACAAUGGUAAUGCCCGCUUCUGGAUCGAAGCUAGCAGUACCUUCAGUUCCAUCGUCGACACCCACACUUGGUGAGCUAACUCAUUGGCUUACACCCACAAUCACUACGGGUUUGUUAUCUUGUUCAGGGUUGAAGCCUGAAAUUUCGCCAGCCAUUCCUGAGAAGCUGGCAAUUCCAUCAAUUCCAAUGUCAAUGCCUGGUAAACCUGCAAUUCCCUCUGUUCCUGUGCAGACUCCUGUACCUGAUAUGCGGAGGCAUGUGAACAAAAAUUGUCACCGUAUGUCAAAUGGAGUUCUACCAUUUUUAGAUGCCCAACCUCCUCAACAAGAAGCUUUUCUGGCAACUGGGGCGAUGCAUGCAACAUCUUUGGCUUCCAUUCUAGCGAUUUCUUCUAGUGGGAACGUGCAACAUUCAAUGACAAGCCAGCUGCGAUCUACUGCCAGGGCAAUGCCUCACCAAUUAAGUUCAGGUUCAGCAUUUGCUGCCAAGGAAGCGCAUUCUGUCAAGGAUGCCAACUAUUUAAAGAACUUGAUUAGGCAACACGGUUCAGAUAAGCAAGACACACAGGACUCACGUAUAGGUAUCCGGCACAGUAACUUCCAAAAUAUGAAAACGGUACAUAACGACAAACACGGAGAAGUUAAACACACAUUCCAGAAAACUUGCUUAUACUUUAACAGCUCAAGGGGGUGUCGAAAUGGUUCUAGCUGCCCCUAUCAGCAUGAUAUGUCAGUUCAAUGGGGAGCUGGCGACGCUCUAGGGGGUUCAAAUUCAAAAAGAUUGAAACUAGAACCUGAAAUUAAGGGAAGAAUAUAAAUCGUAAAUGGCAUAUUCCAAUAGCAAAAAGAAGUGCUUUUCUGUUUGACCCUGUACAUACAAAACUAAAGGGAGGAGUAAGUCUGAGAUUACAAAUAUUUGGAUUUCCCCAGAAUUUUCCCAGUUAUUUAGUUGGUCUGGGAUUUGGUGGCUACAUUCUGAAUUUGAUUUGGGGCUUUGCAGGAAUUAACGUAAAUGAUCUUGCUCUUGGUUUCCUGAGUCAUUUUAGAAGGGUCAUUCUUUGAACAGAGGGACGGAGUCAAUGGAAUCAAGAGCUUGGACUGCAACUUAUCAACGGGCUGAUUUUCACUUGUGCGGCAUUCGAUUGGAGGUUUACUCGAACUAGGCCAUUAAGUGCAUGUUCAAUGAUGGUCCAUGCAAGGUUAUGCAUCACAAAGAGGAAGCCCACACAAACAAAACAAAAACAAAAACACAAAUAAACAAAUAAACAGCAACAACAAAGCAGAGAGAGAGAGAGAGAGAGAGAGAACAUUAGGAAUUUAGUAAUUGCUGAGAAUAUUCUAACCAUCUUUGAAAAUUAACUAGUUAGAAAAAGAAAGAUUAUCUGGUAUACUAGAUGAGCUAAUGAUUUUUAGGGAAAGAUGUAAAUAUUUAAUUUCGUAUAUUUAAUAUACUUUUGAGUUAAAAUGUACAUUUAUUCUGAAUCAUUUUAAAAAGAUGUAAUUGGUAUUUUAAAAUAUUUAAAGAUGUGAUGUCAUCUCAAUAUUUUUUGAAAUUAAAUAGGGUUAAAAUAUAUUUUUAAUAUCUAACUUAUAUA